UUCCGCAAAGCAAAUGGCUAUAGACUAUUCGAGAGCUUCAAAUAUUUUGUCGGAAAUUCCGACCAGUCGCCGGAGAUAAUUCUGGGAUUCCGGCACAAACAAACCGACAACUAGAACAGCUGCUAAAACCCUAAAACAUGCCCAGAAAAUGAGAUCGAACGGUCGGCGACAGCUUUCCCAUGGUCGAGUUCCCCAAGUCUCUGUCGCCCAAACGCGUUCUCAAGCUCUUGAAAUCGGAGAAGAACCCGCGUGUUGCGCUCUCUAUCUUCGACUCGGCGACUCGCCAUUCAGGCUAUGCCCACUCCUCCGCCGUCUUCCACCAUAUUCUCCGGCGUCUUGCGGAGGCUCGUAUGGUGGGCCACGUGGCUGGGAUCGUCGAGCUCAUUCGUACCCAAGAUUGCAAGUGCCCUGAAGAUGUUGCCUUGACGGUUAUCAAAAUCUACGCCAAAAACUCCAUGCCCGAUCAAGCUCUGGAUGCUUUCCGACGGAUGAGCGAGAUUUUCGGGUGCGAACCCGGAAUACGAUCGUACAAUUCUCUUCUCAAUGCAUUCGUGGUGGCGAAACAGUGGGAUAAAGCCGAAUCCUUCUUGGCCUAUUUUGAAACGGCGGGUUUGGCGCCGAAUUUGCAAACUUAUAAUGUUUUGAUUAAGAUUUCGUGUAAGAAACAGCAGUUCGAGAAAGCAAGGGGCUUGCUGGAUUGGAUGUGGAAAGAGGGGUUGGAACCGGAUGUGUAUAGUUACAGUACCCUGAUUGGCGAACUAGCAAAAGAUGGGAACUUGGACGAUGCACUAGAAGUGUUCGAUGAAAUGUCUGACCGAGGGGUGGCAGCUGAUGUUGCCUGUUAUAAUAUGUUGAUUGAUGCGUUACUGAAGAAGAAAGAGUAUGAUAGAGCCAUGGAGUUAUGGGGGAAUCUGCUGGAAGACUCUUCGGUCUAUCCAAAUGUUACCACUUACAACAUCAUGAUUAAUGGUUUGGGCAAAUGCGGGAAAUUUGAUGAUUGCUUCAAGAUUUGGGAAAGAAUGAGACUGAACGAGCGUGAAAAAGAUUUGUUUACAUGUAGUAGUUUGAUACAUGGGCUAUGUGAUGCAGGGCAUGUUGAUAAGGCUGAAAUUGUGUUCAGAGAGUUGGCUGACAGCAAAGCCUUUGUUGAUGUUGUUACUUAUAAUACGAUGCUUGGUGGGUUUUUCCGUGCUGGUAAAAUUAAAGAGUGUUUGGAGUUAUGGGAAGUUAUGGAGAAGGGGAGUUCGGUUAACAUUGUGAGUUAUAACAUAUUGAUCAGAGGGUUAUUAGAGCAUGGGAAAAUCAAUGAGGCAGUAUUGAUCUGGAAGCUUAUGCCCACAAAGGGCUAUACUGCUGAUUCCACGACUUAUGGCGCUUUAAUUCAUGGGUUAUGUGCAAAUGGAUAUAUAAACAAAGCUUUGGGAAUAAUGAGAGGUGUCGAAACAGGAGGUGGUAAUAUGGGUGCCUAUGCAUAUUCGGCUUUGGUAGACAGUUUGUUCAAAGAAAGAAGAUUAGAAGAAGUAGCAACUUUGGUAAAAGAUAUAAGUAAGCAUGGUGCUGAACUGAAUUCUCAUGUUUACAACGCAAUUAUUGGUGGCUUAAUCCGUAAUUCGAGACUUGGUGAUGCUGUCCUUUUGCUCAGAGAAAUGGCAAGAAAUGGAGUUCCACCAACUGUUGUUUCUUACAACAUUCUCAUUCACGGACUAUGUAAAGCAGGAAAGUUUGGUGAAGCAUCUUCUAUUGUGAAAGAAAUGCUUGAAAAUGGAUGGAAACCAGAUCUGGUUACGUAUAGUAUACUGUUGGAUGGUCUUUGUCAGGACAGGAAGCUCGAAGUGGCCCAAAACUUAUGGCACCAAUUUCUCGGAACAGGUCUGAGACCAGAUGUGGCUAUGCAUAACAUCCUAAUUCAUGGGCUUUGCUCAGCUGGCAAACUUGAUGAUGCAACUAAUGUCUUUGCGAGUAUGAGGGAACGGGAUUGCAUUCCAAAUCUCGUAACAUACAAUACAUUGAUGGAGGGAUUUUACAAAACUAGAGACAUUGAUUCAGCGACGGUAAUUUGGGGUUACAUGCACAAGAUCGGGCUGAAACCAGAUAUCAUUUCCUACAACAUCGCAUUGAAAGGGCUGUGUAUGUGUGGUAGAAUAUCAUAUGCUAUCAAAUUCUUUGAUGAUGCUUUGAACCAUGGAAUUCUUCCAACUGCAGUGACGUGGAACAUACUUGUUAGAGCAGUUGUGAUUUUGAAUCACGGGCAUGCUGUUUGAACAUAUUGCCUGCAUAUCUGAAUGUUCGUCUUCCCCGGGUUUGAAUUGACUCUAGAUUCGAUCUCUGGCAAGAAAGGCAAUCAACCUUCGGCCUUAAGAGAUGGUCCUUGGAACAACUGGAAGAAGUUACGAGGAGAAUCAUGAUUUAUAUCACAAGCUGCAAGAUCAUCGAUCGCUUUACAAUUAGAUACAAAACCCUUGAGCUUGCUUCGUCGAGGUCUUUCAUGGCGUCCCUCUCCAAUCUUAUAAAAACUCAGCUUUGGCAUAUUCUGCAUAGUUUGUAGAUAAGCUGACAGUUCGUCCAAGAAAUCCGUGAGAUGGACCUUGGAAGCUUUGAAGCAUGGCAAUGGGGGCGAGGAGUUAUUGCUUGAAAGUAUCACACCCCGAGCCCUCGGGUUUUGAAGCACCAGAAUCUGAAUCACCGGGUUUGGGGAGGCAGAUAAAUUAGGUUGUUGAAGUUUGAGUUUCUUCUUGUACUGAAUAAACAAUGGAAGUUUGGUGUUAAGGUUAUCUGAAUUGUUUCUAGGACA